AUGUACGACGAGAACUCAAAUGCAUCGACGACAACCGCUGUCUCGUCGGCUUCUGUUCUCCCUGGAUCAGCACUCACUCAACCAUCAUCAGCUCUUGUAUCACAAUUAUUGAAUGGAAAGGAUUCACGCUGGUUACAAGUUGAAGUGUGCCGAGAGUUUCAACGAGGACAAUGCACCCGCUCGGAUCAGGAAUGCAAAUUUGCUCAUCCACCGCCGCAUGUCGAUGUGCAACAGGGACGAGUGACUGCUUGUUAUGAUUCGAUCAAGGGUCGAUGCACACGAGAGAACCCGAAAUGCAAAUACCUUCACCCACCACAACACAUCAAGGAUCAAUUGCUCAUCAACGGACGCAACAAUUUGGCGUUAAAGAAUCUCCUCUGCUCACAAAUCAAUCAAACAACUGCACAACCGAUUGGAGCUCCAACAAUGAAUCCCCUCAUGACUCAACUAAUGGCGGUUCAACAGCAAGCUGCUUCUCAAGGUCUCGCCGCUGCUACAGGAAUGGUCCCUACUCUUGCUUAUCCCUACUAUCAACACCUCAUCUACCCACAACAACUCAUCGCUGACCCAUAUCAACAGCUACAACAAGCCGCUGGCCUACAAAUGUCUGGUGUGGGUAUACCUGGACAUCAACCCUCGUCAGCUACUGCACUUCAAAUGGCUCUUCUUCAACAACAACAACAACAGGCGGUGGCUGUUGCCGCUCAACAGGCACUCCUCGCAUCAUCUUCUAGAAAACGACCGCUGGAAGAAGAACCCACCUCUUCACCUGUUGAUCCCUCUUUGAUCUACAAUCUCGCGGCGGGUGUUCCGGUGAAGAGAGCCGCUGUGGACAAGAGUGGAGGAGGAGCGGCCAGUCAACAAGCGAUGCUCUUCUCAGCCGCACAUCAAGCGUCUCCUGCACAGACACAAGCCGCACAACAGCCAUUCUCUCCCUACAUCCUGCAAGGGAUUCAUGGAUAUGUGCCAACAGUUAAUUUCAACGGGCAAGCUGGCGGACUUCCACCUCGGUUC